AUGGUAUGCGCUUCUCCGACCUGCAAGCGACAAGGUAUACUGACUGUUGUCAAGGGCUGUGGCUUGUCUCGCGAAUCCCGGGCUGCGGCCACGGAAGACCAUGAUGGCGCUGCCCGUCAUGCGACAUUGGAUCCCUCGUCCACGACUGCUCGCGCUGCACCCUCACGCACGAGUUCGGCAAACACUCCCACCGAACUGCUCGACCGACCCAACCAGCCCUUGCGCGCCGCACCUACCGUCAAGCACUCUCCUCCUCAGCUUGCACUGACGCCAUGGACGCCGUCAGAACUUGCCAGACAGCGCGAAGCCUUCUUCGAGACUAGAGUCAGCGGACGACCCGAGAUGUGGGCGGCGAUGAAGCAGGUAUCGGAACUUCUUCGAUCCGGCGAUCUGAGUGCGGCGCAAACCAUCCUCGAUGCCAGCGGUGCUACGUGCCCGACGGGCAAAUUCUGUGUCGAGAGAAGAAGAGGUGGACAGAAGAAAGGAGGUGUCUAUGACGACAAGGGCCUGCUGUACGAGAUUCCUGGCUGGGUAGUUUCCGACCCCGAAGAUCUCGUCGCAGAGCCCCAGAUCGAAGGCAAGGAUAUCAACGAAGAGUCAGAGGACGAGAUCGACGCCGAAAAGGGGGUUGUGUGUGAAGAGAAGAUUGGUGAGAUGGUGUCGGUCAGAGCACGACUGAGCGAUCGUGGUACCGAUGUGGUUGUCGAGAUGGGCACGAAUCAAAAGGUGUCGGUCUUGGUCAAGAAGGUGCAAGAGAAGGCUGGCGUUGAGCAAAAGAUCAAGCUGGCGUACAUGGGCAAGAUUCUCGAGGAACACAAGCCCCUGGGCCAGACGAGCUGGAAGGAAGGACAUAUUCUCAAUGCCCUGGUCUUUGGGUGA